AAAAACAUACAAAUAUGAAACUUUACAUCUGUAGUUUUUUUUAAAUGAAUUUUGAUUAUGACUAUUUUUUGUAUUUUAUAAUAUCACACAACAUGUAAUGUUGCACAUCCAAAUUUAAGUUUACCGAAUAAACUUUCCCGCUGAUACAUGUAAGCUAUUUAACGAAGAAUUUCAAGAAGAGACCAGAUGAAUAAAAAAACAAGUUUAUAAUUGAAGAGUGUAUUUAUUUGAAUUCAACAUGAAAUCCCUCUCGCUUUAUGUACUUUUACUGCCUGCUUUUUACUCCGCCUAUGCUAUAACAUGUUUUAUAUCAAAAUGGUGGUACAGAGCAAAAUCAAAGAGGGCUUCACUCAAACCGACUAAAUUGUUUGAGACACUCUUUGAAAACCAUAUAUCUGAAGUCUUCACAAAUCAGAGUUUAGCUACGUUAACAAAAAUAAAAGAGCAAACAAUAAAAUCAUUGUGUAAAAAACCACCUGAACCUCUUCUUCUCGUCUUUCUGGCACCCUCAGAGGCAAAAUCAACCGCUAUAACACUGGCAAAAAGGCUUGUUCAGAUCACGCUGACUUCAAAAAACAAAAUGUCAUUGCCAUGGUCGGCCACAGACAGACUCCUUAUGAAGGGUUCGGCUUUUGCAAACAUAACUUCACCUUGGAGAUUUUACGAAGUGAUCAAGGAGAAGAUUGCCACCAACAGUCAUCUGAUUAUAACUGAGUUUGAAAUGAUUCACCCUCAUUCAGCUGCUCUUCUUAUUUUUAUGUCAAAAGAGCUUUUCUUUCCUGAAAAAGAGGUUCAUUUAUAUCUGAUUGUUGAAAUACCGUCCAUCCACUUGUCGAAUACAGUAAACGCCCUAAACCACUGGAUGAAAACAAGGCUUGUUUCUCACCUGGAACCGGAACUCCUUCAAGAAACACAAAGGGCGCUUUAUUUACGAACUUGCCUUAUAAAAUCAGAAGACGUCAGUGUUGUGGAAUAAAGCAAAUAUUACUCAAAUGUAUAGAACCUUUGGAUUUAUUUAUUAAAAUUUUGUUGCUGUCUCAAA